AUGGCUUCUUCAAGUUUAAACGCAGAAGCUUCCGAAUUUCACCCUAGCAACCAAGUGCAAAAACUUCACCCUCCAUACCUCACUCUCGCUCCUCUCACACAUCAGCCUUCUUACCCUUUUCUCUAUUACUAUCCCGCUGCCACAAAACAUCAUUUUCACUCGUCAACUUACUUUUCCUUUCGCGUUCACCCAAACCUCACCACCGCAACUCCUACGUUUCCGCCAUCUAGCGAUUUGAAAAAGGUAAUAGCGGUGGAGGCGGCAUCUACAGAGGGUAGUGAUUCCAAACAGGUUUUAAGGGAUGGAGUAAUGGAAGACCGUCGUUCUUAUGGAUUGAGAAUCCCAAAGCUUGAGUGGAGGAAGAAGGGAAUAGAUGUUGCUGAAAAAGAACCUGAACUUAAGAACGAGAGUUCGAGAAAGAAUCAUCACAGAAAGCAUGUUAAUAUUCAUCAACAACUACACUCUAGGGCUUCCACCGACCGGAAAAAUAAAGGAAGUAGUUUUCCUGUGGUUCCAGUUCGCCAUGAUGGAGAUGAAACGACUGUUAUGAUCAAAAACAUUCCUAGCAAAUACACUCGAGACAUGAUAGUGAAGUUUUUGGAGAACCAUUGCAAGGUUGAAAACGCAAAAGAUCAAGAAAAUGGAGUAGAAAACACUUUCUCCUUUGAUUUUGUCUACUUACCGAUAGAUUUUCGAACUGGGCUGAACAAAGGUUAUGCAUUUGUAAAUUUCACUAAGGCUAGUGCAGCUUGGAGAUUUGUUCAGACAGCAUCAAAUCAGAAAUGGGAAUUGUUCCUUUCCCAUAAGAUACGUGAUGUGGUUGCCGCACGCCUCCAGGGAAAGGAGAAACUUGAGAAACACUUCGUAAGUGUGAAUUUUCCCUGUGAGUCCGAGGAAGUUCUGCCACUGUGCUUUAGUCCACCUCGGGAUGGUGUAAUCAAAGGAACCCAAAGGACACUGGGGAGGCUUCUCUAUAAGCUUUAG